AUGGGGAAUUGGACUUUGGUGACCGAGUUUAUUCUUGUGGGGAUACCAACCACCAGAAAGCUAGGGGGACUUCUGUUCUUGAUUUUUUUACUGGCCUAUUUGAUGACUGUCCUUGGAAACACCCUCAUCAUUACCCUGAUCAUUGUGGACUACAGGCUCCAAUCACCCAUGUAUUUCUUCCUCAGUAAUUUCUCUUUCAGCGAAAUAUUAACCACAACCUCUGCUGUUCCCAAGAUGCUGUCAGCAUUCCUGUCAGAGAAGAAGAGUAUCUCAUUUGGUGGGUGCUCUGCACAGUCCUAUUUCUACUUCCUCUCUGGAUGCACUGAGUUCAUCCUUUUUGCUGUCAUGUCCUAUGACCGCUAUGUGGCCAUUUGCAGCCCCCUUCAGUAUCCAGUGAUUAUGACCAGCUCACUCUGUGUCCGUCUUGUCAUUCUUUCCUGGGUAGGUGGCUUUCUUCUCAUCCUGCCAUCUACCGUCCUUAAGGCAGGAUUGCCAUACUGUGGCCCCAAUGUUAUUGAUCACUUUUUCUGUGACAGUGGCCCUCUCCUCCACUUGGCCUGUGCUGACAUCCGUGUCAUUGAGCUAUUGGACUUCCUCAGCUCCCUUGUCCUGCUUGUCAGCUCCCUUUCCCUCACAAUGGUCUCCUAUGUGUACAUAAUCUCCACCAUUCUGAAGAUACCUUCAGGUCAAGGUCAACGCAAAGCCUUUGCCACUUGUGCCUCUCACUUCACUGUGGUGUGCAUGGGCUAUGGGAUCUCCAUCUUUGUCUAUGUCCACCCCUCACAGAAGAGCAGCCUGCGCCUCAACAAGAUUCUCUUUAUUCUCUCCAGUGUCAUCACACCUCUUCUGAAUCCCUUCAUCUUUAGUCUACGGAAUGAAACCAUGAAAGAUGCACUGAAGGACACCUUGGCCAAGGGUGGGGACUUUCUCAAGGGGCUGAGGUCCAUAUGA